UUUUAUAAAAAUUUCCCCUCGCAUCACGGGUUUCAGUUGUUACUAGCUAUUCGAACCCGUGCACGUGCGAAUACAUCGAUACAGCUAGACUUCCGCCUUCCAACAAAAGCUGCAACCAUAAAACUUGACUUUCUCUUUCCGAUCCGCCAAUAAAAUUACUAGUGGCAGCGGGGGUUGUCAAUUUACUAUAAAGUCUCACUGCGCCAUCUUGCUUUGAUUCAGCGGUCCAGCAUUCGCAGCAUGACCGAUAAUCUAGAACCUAUUCUCAACAAUGACAAAAAUUUAGUGAGUCAUUCACCAUUUCUUAGACUCAAGAGCUGGCAAUGGUGGCUUUUGGUGGCAAUCAACAUUUUCUUCCUCAUUGCUGGCCAGGCUGCUGCAGUUCUUCUGGGGAGAUUUUAUUAUGAUCAGGGUGGAAAUAGUAAAUGGAUGGCAACUCUUGUGCAAACUGCUGGCUUCCCAAUCCUUUUCAUCCCUUUGUUUCUUCUUCAUCCCUCUCAGGACGCUUCAACAUCUUCCACGUCACCUUCCAUCAAAACUCUUGCUUUGCUCUAUUUUGUUCUUGGAGUACUUGUAGCUGGGGACAAUAUGUUGUAUUCUGUUGGGCUCUUGUACCUCUCAGCCUCUACUUACUCCCUUAUUUGUGCCACCCAAUUAGCUUUCAAUGCAGUUUUUUCUUACUUCUUUAAUUCGCAGAAGUUCACUGCUCUAAUUCUGAACUCUGUGGUCAUCCUCUCAUUGUCUGCUGCUCUCAUUGCAGUCAAUGAUGGUUCAGAAGGACCAUCAGGAGUUUCUACGGGGAAGUUUCUCCUUGGCUUCCUCUGCACCCUUGGAGCUUCUGCUCUUUACUCUCUUUUGCUCUCCCUUAUGCAACUUUCUUUUCAGAAGGUUUUGAAAAAGGAAACUUUUUAUGUGGUUUUGGAAAUGCAAAUAUAUACAUCAAUUGUUGCCAGUUGUGUUUCGGCUGUGGGUCUCUUUGCAAGUGGGGAAUGGAAGAGUUUGCACCAUGAGAUGGAGGGCUUCAACAAUGGGAGAGUUUCUUAUGUGCUGACUUUGGUUUGGACUGCUGUAACUUGGCAAGUGUGUGCUGUUGGUGUUGUGGGCUUGAUUUUUGUUGUGUCUUCUCUCUUCUCCAACGUAAUCAGUACUCUAUCUUUGGCUGUUACUCCUCUAGCUGCUCUGGUAGUUUUUCAUGACAAGAUGAAUGGUGUGAAGGUAAUUGCUAUGCUCCUGGCUCUCUGUGGUUUUGCCUCUUAUAUUUAUCAAAAUUAUAUAGAUGAUAAGAAGGCAAGGAGGUCACAUACCGAUGUUCAGGAAAGCCAUGAUUAUUCUUCAUGCUAAUGAUUUUUAUGCAUAGAACUGACUAUCAUGGAUAGUCUUUUAUCAUUUUUUUUACUGCAAUUAUACCAUUCAGUCUCUUUUUCUCCUUUCAUCUCAAACGCAGUUAUUAGCCUUCGCUAAAGCUUUGAGAUUUAUCCAAAUUGAGACACAUUUCAGAAGCCAUUUCAGAUUUGAAUGCGGUCUUCUGUGGCAUAGGAAAAUUAAAUGUACCAAACCAUUGCUUUGAUUUGCAGAAUUAUAGGAUGCCUAUUGUUACUAAGGUAGAGGAGGCUUUCAUUUAAAUUGACUUGUUUAGUGAGUAGAGUUGUGCAGAAACAACAAAAUUGACUUGUUUAGUGAGGAGAAUGAAUUUCUGCAGGAAGCCAAUUGAACAACAAAAUCUACUUCUUUUGAUAGCCAUGCAAAUUUCAAUGAAUGUGUAUGAAGGGAAAUGUCCCUUGGAAAUCUCAACACCACGCC